UCGAGUUACCUACAGUUCAACAGUUGUAGACUAUUCGUGUUGCAUCGCUCCUGCUCUACACAAACUCCGACAUGGCAGAUGCUGCAGCAGUAGCCGCUCCGGCACCCGUUUCACCGAAGAAGAAGACCAAGGCGCCGGCAGCGAAGAAACCAAAAGCGCCGGCACAACAUCCACCUACGGCCGAGAUGGCAGAUGCUGCAGCAGUAGCCGCCCCGGCACCCGCUUCACCGAAGCAGAAGACCAAGGCGCCGGCAGCGAAGAAACCGAAAGCGCCGGUACAACAUCCACCUACGGCCGAGAUGGUGAAUGCGGCCAUCAAGAAUCUAGCGGAGAGGGGCGGAUCCUCCCUGCAAGCCAUCAAGAAGUACAUCGCUAGUCACUACAAGGUGGACGUGGAGAAGAUGUCUCCCUUCAUCCGUCGCUACUUGAAGUCUAGUGCGGCCAAUGGUAAGCUGAUACAGACAAAAGGCAAGGGUGCCUCUGGUUCGUUCAAGCUCAGCACAGGAGAGAAGAAAGCAACGACCGAAAAGAAACCAACGGCAAAGGCCGUGAAGAAACCGGCAGCGAAGCAAGCAGGGAAAGCUAAGCCCGCAGCUAAGAAGGCGACCAAGUCACCAAAGAAACCAGCAGCAGCCAAGAAGGCCAAAGCUGCGAAAUCACCGAAGAAGGCAUCGCCGGCAAAGAAGGCAGCGCCGGCAAAGAAGGCAGUCAAGGCGAAGAAAGCACCAGCAAAGGCAACUAAGCCAAAGAAAGCGCCAGCGAAGGCAGCCAAAGCCAAGAAGCCCGCAAAGAAGUAAGAGGAAUGUCCAUCAAUAACUUCUAACCAACCGGCCCUUUUCAGGGCCCCCCAUUUCUUCCAAGAAAUGAUUUCUACUCUGCAUUCACCGUUAUUGCUCACAUUCACUGUACUACUGCAACACAAUAUCAGGAGUGAAUAAUAGAGAUUCUAAUAUAGAGAUAAAAUAAUAGAGAUUAUUUACUCCUGACAAUAUAAUACGCUUCAACUAUAGUUUCGAAUGAGGCGUAUAGAAGGCAACAUGCGUGUGCAAAUGCAUUUUAUAGUUGAAUAUUAAAAACAUCUGAUCCGAAACGCAUUUAAACAAAUUAAACAAGCGCAGCAACUUACGUCAGCGACUACAAUAUCUAUUCUACACUUUAUCCACCGUGCUGUUUAGUCGGUGUUACCUACGGAAGCAACACCAGAUUAACAUUGGACGCGUAUAUGGCAGCCAUUCAAAGAGCAACGUGUAAUGUCACAUGCACCCUUCAAUAGUCGUUUGUGAAGCAGCUGUAUUUUCAUAGUUGAAAAUGACAGAAUCAUAAACGCAUUCGCUCAUGAAGGCAUACGCACACAUACACGUAGGCACACAAAUAUAUAAACUGACUCGUGUGGAAUUAAUAUUACAUUGAAACUAAUAUUGAUCAGUAAACCUGCCAUGUACUAUGAAUAAGGCCUAAUUCCCAUUAAAAUAUUUCA